AUGACGUGCCAUGAAUGCUUCCUCCACUACCAAAUAUUUGCCAAUGAUUCGAUGUCUAUCAUUAUAUCUUUUCAAGGAGCCAUGUCUCUAUCCAAGAUCCUAACGAAAGAUUACCUGACGUGCAGCAUAUGCCAUGAAAAUUGCAAAGAUCCCAAGGUCCUCGGCUGUUCGCAUACGUUUUGCCAGCAUUGUCUCCAACAAAUUUUGGACACAAAUGUCCAAGGUCGGUCUGGCUUCCCUUGUCCUAUCUGUAGACGUCAGUGUGACCUCCCUAGGGGCGGUGUAAGUGAUUUACAAACAAAUCAUCUUCUGGUCAGCAUAUCACGCACAAUUGAUCAAGUGGAACAAGCCAAAGCUGUCAAGAAGUGCGAGGUAUGUUGUCUGAAAAAUGUCCGCAAUCCACCGACGGCAACGAAACGCUGUUUGGACUGCAAGGAAAGUAUGUGCGGAGAUUGUUCUUCAGACCAUAAGCUUCACAAGAACAGUCGUGGUCACAAAUUGUUUCCUGUCGACAAGAUAGACAGUGACGAAUAUUUGACAGAGCUGCGUGCCCGACAAAAUAUCCUCUGUGACCACAACAACAAAAACCCCGUAGAAAUCUUCUGCCCAGUGUGUGAAAAGUUCGUCUGCGCCACGUGUAUGUUUUUGGAACACAAGGAUCAUGACUGCCUAAGAAUCAACACUGCUGCGGACAAACGAAAAGAAAAACUCAAACUCUACGUGAAACCUAUCGAGAAGAAAAGUCUACUCUGCAAUCAGUUUAAAACCGCUGCCGAAGCCCAGAAAGCGUCCGUAGAAGAGGGAAGAAAGAGGGCAAAGAGUCAAGUUAACAAGCAGUUAGAACUACUUAUAAAGAUGACCCGUCAGCGUGCUGAUGAUCUCUUGAAAGAAAUAGAUGCCAAGUCGAGCGCCAUACUAGAAGUUUUAGAUGAUUUAAUUGCAACUGCUACCGCCACCCAAAACCAACUGGACGACGCUGUAGAUUUCUCGAGAAAACUCAUUCACCAUGGAAGCGAUAUGGAUGUCCUGCAAAUGGCCUCCUUCUGUGACGAAAGCAGCAAAAGCGUUCAGACGCUCGACAUUCCGACCCUACCCGCAGCCAUUACCCACCUAAAGUUUAUCACCAACGACAUGGAGGAGUGCGUUACCAAUAUCAACAGUUGCCUUGGAGACGUGGUUCCUACUGCGAGUGGAAGACUGGUGACAUCAUUCAAACUAGAACUGGCCAAGUCUCCAGAAGAGAUAAUCAGUCACGUGACCACUGAUACAAAUGGUGACAUCCUUAUUGGUAUUUGGUGUGAUGAGGACAAGUCACGGAAUAGAAUCCACAUCUACGAUGCCACCUUUGUCCUACAGGGCACAAUUCCAAAUCCAAGAGCAGCAGAAAAGUAUGCCUUUGCCGGGAUUGCCAUUGAUGAUGACGGUAACAUCGUCACUAGAUGUCAUUGGUCAAAUGAAAUCAUUGUCUACACCAAGACAGGGAAUCACGUGAGAACAUUCCACAGUGAGUCACCAGAAGCUAUAGCAGUCAACAGCAAUGGUCACUACGUAGUGGCCAGUGGCAGUACUCUGACUGUGCACCACAAGGAUGGCAAGGUCCUGCAGACGACACCAGACCCAGGGGGUAAAUAUGUCAAAUACAUCAACUGUAACGUGAAUGAUGACAUCAUCAUCACAGAUCCAGGAAAUGAUCAGAUCCGUGUAUACGAUUCCAGUCUCCAGCUAAAGUACAAAUAUGGCACCCAGGGUGAUGGGGACGGCCAGGUGAACAGUCCAGGCGGCACGUGCUGCUUGGAUAAUGGAGAAAUUAUUUUAAUAGACCUCAACAACCAUCGUCUACACUUAGUUUCUCAAGAUGGGAAGUUCAAGCGAUUUCUUUUAUGCGAAGAAAAUGGACUUUACUGGCCGAGAGAUGUUGCGAUAAAUCGUCUCGAACAACUGGUCACUGGGGAAAAGACAGGGGAGAUUAAAGUCUUCCAAUUAUGACUGAUUAUACCAAGCUAACGAUGGACUAUGAAAAUAUUACGUUUGUAAAAAACAAUGGACAUUUCAUAACUUACAUGUAGUUAGUUAGUAGAGUCGUGUAGCUCAGACGUUACAUGCAUCAAGAACGUUUUGUUUUAAUAAAGUUAUUUCAGAAUAUGAAUUGCAUAUACACGAUUGCGCGGGAAUUGUUAGCUGUCCAUAACUAUACAGUUACCUCACAGACUAUGAAGUAUCAGUGUGCAGCGUAUAUUGUUAUAAUGCGAACAAUUACUGUAGCUUGGUUAAAAAGGGACGUCCUGACUGAAAAAAAAAAGAAAGUGUUAUAUCACAGUACAGGAAAUUACUGUGUGUCACGUAUAUUUCAUAAUACAAAUGUGUACUGUUUCCUGGUUAUACUGGAAAACCUUAACUGACAACAUUAUAAUGACACUGCUAUUCUCAGAAAAGAAACAACUGGCAGAGUAAUUAAAUUGAGAACAUGAGAAUGUUUACAUUGUUACAGGGACUAG